UGCUGCGAGGACGAUCGACCUUUGUUUGAUUAGCAGCCCCCGAAAGGCUCCUCGGAUUCCUUCCCGCCAGGAACGAUGGCUCUGCCGAUAAACCCCAUGGACGAGCCUCGGCUGUACCAGCAGACGCUGCUCCAGGACGGCCUGUGCAACCUGCUGGAGAACGACAAGCUGGUGGACUGCGUGCUGAAAAUCAAAGGCAAGGAGUUUCCCUGCCACCGGCUGGUUCUGUGCGCCUGCAGCUCGUACUUCCGCUCCAUCUUUCUGUCCGACCUGGAGGAAAGCAAGAAGAAGGAGAUCGUCCUGGAGGACGUGGAGCCCGGCGUCAUGGGGCUCGUCCUCAAGUAUCUGUACACCUCCAAGAUCAACGUGACGGAACAGAACGUCCAGGACAUCUUUGCCGUCGCUAACGUUUACCAGAUUCCUUCUAUUUUCACCGUCUGCGUGUCUUUCCUACAAAAACGUUUGAGCCUCAGUAACUGCCUCGCCAUCUACAGGCUGGGCUUGAUGCUGGACUGCGCCAGGUUGGCCGUCUCCGCCCGAAACUACGCAUGCGAGCACUUCAAGAUCAUCUCCAGAGACGAGGAAUUCCUCCAGCUGCUCCCCAGCGAGCUGGCGGCCAUCUUGGUCAACGACAAUCUGAACGUGGAGACGGAGGAGGCGGUGUUCGAGGCCCUGAUGAGCUGGGUGUCCUGGGACGCAGAGAGCAGGGAGAAAGAGCUGCCCGGUUUGCUGGACUGCGUUCGCCUGCGCCUCGUUUCCGAGGAUUACCUGAAGGAGAUGGUGGAGAAACACAAACUGAUCUCAUUCAACCCCGAGCUGCAGCAGAAGCUUCAGCUAGUUCGGGAUGCUCACGCCGGGAAGAUGCCGGAGGUUAAAAAAAGCAAAAGCAAGAAGGAGGAGAGCGAAACAGAGAAAGAUGGAGAGAGUGAGGAGAAGGAGGAGGAAGGCCUUCUCCCAGGAAUCCUUAAUGACAACAUGCGGUUCGGGAUGUUUGGCAGGGACUUGAUACUGAUGGUGAACGACACGGGCGCCGUGGCCUACGACCCCACGGGGAACGACUGCUUUGCAGCCUGUCUUUCCUCGCGGGUUCCUAAGAACCACAUCAGCCUGGCCACCAGAGAGAACCAGGUCUUUGUGGCUGGAGGACUGUUCUUUGACGAGCAGAACAAGGAGGAGCCGCUGUGCUCCUACUUCUUACAGUACGACCCGGUGAACUCUGACUGGAUCGGCAUGCCUCCCGUCCCGUCUCCCCGCUUCCUCUUCGGCCUGGCCGAGGCCGCCAACUCCAUCUUCGUGGUGGGAGGGAAGGAGCUGAAGGAGCAGGAGCAAACGCUGGACUCAGUCUUAGUCUACGACAGACAGUCGUUUAAAUGGACAGAGUCCGAGCCGCUUCCUUACCCCGUUUAUGGACAUACGACAGUGUCCCACAGUGACAUGGUGUAUGUGAUCGGAGGGAAGGGAGACGACAAGAGCUGUCUGAACAAGAUGUGUGUGUACGAUACGAAGAAGUUUGAAUGGAAGGAGCUGGCUCCUAUGAAGACUGCUCGCUCCUUAUUCGGAGCCACCGUUCACCAGAACAAAAUAUACGUGGCGGCAGGAGUGACGGACGACAGUCUGACUGACUCCGUGGAGGUGUACGACAUUACCACUAACAAGUGGUCCGACUUCGUGCCGUUUCCUCAGGAGCGCAGCUCUCUGAGCCUGGUGUCUCUGGCCGGUUCUCUGUUCGCCGUCGGGGGUUUUGGCAUGAUGCCGCUGGAGGACAGCGACGAGAUCGUUCCCAAAGAGAUGAACGACAUCUGGAGGUUUAACGAGGCUGAAAAGAAGUGGACCGGGAUCCUCAGAGAGAUCCAGUACGCCUCGGGGGCCACGGUUCUGGGGGUCCGGCUCAACACUCUGCGUCUAACCAAGAUGUGAAUUCAACACUAGAUGAUCCGUUCAGGUCCACAUGUUAAUCACACCGGGGUUAAAGGUCAGAUUUGGACUCAGAUGCAUCCAGAAUCAGCUCAGUGGGUUUAGUUUCCUGUUAUUGA